AUGGCUUCUAAAGCCGCCCUGCUAGACUCCAACACACCCUUCCGCAUCUUAAUCAACCACCACGGAGACGAUGGACUCACAAAAGUGGGGGAAACCUCCGUCGAUGUCAACCCAUCCACCUUCCCCAUCGAAACCCGCUGCUCCCAUCUCCAAGACGGUAGCACAACUUGCACAACUGGAGAAUGCUAUCACUUGGUGUCUCGAACGCCCCCACACAAAUUCGACAAGGGCUACGUCUUCACGUGCGAGAAUGAGGCGUGUUCCGGCCAUAGGACCCCGUUUAGACGGUGCUUUACUGCGGAUGGUUUGGUGUUGAGCGAGCUGGGUGACCGUACGGAUAAGAGGGCGUUAGAGAUGACAGAAUACGAUUACGGUGUGCAUGAGAUUGAGGGGUGGAAGGAUAUUGAGGGGAAGAAGGGGUUGAAUGAGACGAUGAGGAAGAUUACUGCGGUGAAGAAGCUUGCUGCAUUGAAGUAG